AUGACAGUGACAGGUGCACUAUCAGCAGAUGUAGCUCAGGGGACAUAUGUACCUCCAUUCCAAUAUGUAACCUCUUAUGCUCAGGCCCCAGAAGUGACAGGUUCGAUAACUAGUGCAUUACCUGUCAAUCCCACCGUCACCGCUUCUUCCGAUGCUGCCUAUGCGACGGCAUACCUCCAAGCUCAUAUGAUGAGUUGGCCAUCAUACCGCUAUGCCUAUCUACUAUGGUUCAUAUUCAUCGCUCUGGGAGGAAUCUACGCUCUAUCACACCAUCUUAGAUUAUCGGGCGGUUCGUUAGGUGCGGGGUUCAAGAGGUGGGGUAUGAAGAGGAAACCUGUUGGUCGGAAGAGAGCAGGAGGCGCAAGGGGAAUGGCCUUACCAAGUAACGGUGCAUUGAUAUCCAUCGGGAUCAUGUCGAUCGUCACGGUCGUCUUAGCAUUGAUAGGAGCAGAUUACAUCAAUCCCAAGUCGUCAACAUUCAAUUUUGGCGACUCGUUCAGGAAAAGAGCUUCGAUAAACUAUACAAUCAACAAAGCUUGGUGGACGACUGGAUCAAGAUUUGGAUUUAUGGCUUUCGCAUUGAUGCCAUUAGUAGUCUUAUUCGCAUUGAAGGCUCCACCCAUAGCUAUCUUCGCCAUCAGGGGUUUCACACAUCUCUAUUCGGAUAAAUUGGCUUUGUUCCAUCGAGCGGCAGCCUGGAUCGUGUGGGGUUUCACUACUGUACAUGUGGUACUUUGGACGGUCCAACUAUUUCAAGAUCAACAGAAAGGAAGAGCAGUCUGGUUCUUGAUUUGGAAUAGUUAUAGAUUCAUCUUUGGUUGUGUGGCUUAUGCUGCUAUGACUGCGGUUAUGGUGUUGAGCUUGAAGCCGUUUAGGAAAAAUUCAUAUGAGUUCUUCUACGCUGCUCAUGUCGUCUUCGUCGUCCUCACCAUUGUAUGUUCAGCAAUUCAUCACCCCGUAUUAUGGUUCUGGAUGGCAGGGGCAUUAGGCCUGUGGGGAUUGGAGAGGGCAUAUCGCUUCGUCCGAUUAGCCAAGAUCAAUGGGAUGUUGGGGAGGAAAAAGAGGGAUAGCCUGGAGGUCGUUGCUGGAAGACCGUACAAGGAUGCUACGCAAAGCUAUGGGAUGCAAGAGCUCAAGAGAAGCAGUGAUUACGAUCCGCCAUAUACCGACAAGACUCUCCCAAGACCACCGCAAGCUCAACAGGAGAAUGAAUAUGAAUCAAACGAUUUUGGAAGAUCGUCUAAUUAUGGGUACUACGACGAAGGAUCGCUCCAACCAUUGGGAUCGUAUGAGUCACGAUACGACCAACCUCAACAUCAACGAACAGAAUCUACAACCAGCAUGAUGCCUAUGCCUCGAAGGCCCAACAUGCCUUCUUUUGUACCCGUUCCUAUCCCAAUCGGUUAUGCUCAAGCUCAACUGUUACCCUCGCGCACGAUUCGAUUGACAAUCAACGUUUCUCGCCCGUUCAAAUGGUCCCCUGGUCAAAGUGUAUUACUGUAUCUUCCUGAAUUAUCCCGAUUUCAAUCACACCCUUUUACAAUAACCAACAAUGAUCCCAAUGAGAUUGUUCUCCUCGUCAAAGCUAGGAAAGGCUUGACGAGGCGGCUUUUCGAUUUGGUACGAGCGCGAUCUUUAGCUGCUGUGGGAGUUCAUGAUGUGAAAGAUAAGAGGAUAUCAUUGCAGUCAAUAAAUCCUAGUGAGACCAAAUUGGCACUGCAAGUACCACCGAUCUUCAUCAAAGCAUGGGUAGAUGGACCGAUGGGAUCUGCAGGACGGGUGAGAUGGGAUAACUACUCGACGGUUUUGAUCAUAUGUGGAGGAUCCGGUGUCAGUUUUGGUGCUGCGAUAUGCGAUCACGUCUGUCGAAAGAUCAAUAAUGGGAUUGGAAAAAAUAGGAGAGUCAGAUUUUGCUGGGUGGUCAGAGAAUUCGCUGAAAUAGCAUGGGUGGCGAGUCAAUUGAGAAGAUGUCAGAAUUUAGUAUCGGCCUCACAACUUGAAAUCAGCAUAUUCGUGACUAAAUCGCAUAAACCCAGUUAUAGACCUCAACAGAGUGGAUAUGAAUUUGCACCUCCCAGACCUGGUUUCAUAGGUGGACCAACACAUCAGAGAAGAGGAUCAGCCGAUUCUAUCACAAGUCAAUUGAGUGUCGAUACCGAUGUGGAACCUCAGAUGGAUUACGAUGAAACGGUUGAUAGUCACCUUUCGUCGAACUAUGCGGAUAUCAUCGAUUUGACGAAUUACGAAGAUGAAGAGGAUGUGAAUGAUCCGGCCGAGAAUAUCUUAUCUGAAAAUUUACAGAAACAAGGUAAGAUCAAACGAGCGAAAAGUAGAAAGGCGGCAAAGAGGAAUACCAGAGGUAGUGGACCUCCUGCUGGAUCACCGUUGUAUCCACCUAAUCGACAAUCACAACAUCAACAACAAUCGUCUUACGAUCUACCUAUGCCCCGGCAAAAUAGCUCUUAUGGCGUAUACAACGAUUAUCAAAAUUCCCCGCAGAGGUUAUCAACUUCGUCAUACGAUGAUCCCUAUUCACCUCGAAGACCUUCAGGAUACGAUGAUGGUAAUUAUCAAGCUGGGCAAAACACUCUGUACGCCCCUCAACCGAAUCAGUAUCAACCCCAUCCUCAAUCCGCAUCUAUGAUGUUGUCUAGUACCAGUGGUUCAAACUAUGAUCGAAGACAAUCUUUCAGAUCUUUGGCAGAUUCGACAUACAAUCAGUAUAACCCAUUCAGUGGACCUGGUGGAGGAAAUUACUCGAUGGGUCCCUCACCUAGUCCGUCAAUAAUGAAUUUCGAUGACAAUGCUUCCGUUGCUGGAGAAUCCGUUAGAGAUCUAUUAUCAAGAACGUCAAGAACCCAAUCGAUGGUUUUAUUAGAAGAUCCAGAUUACGCGGAUAACAGCUCUAUCUCGAAUCCGUAUAAUAACGAUACUGGUCAUUCAAAUGGGGGAAUUCACCAGGAUAAGAGGAAAUCAUAUGAGAGUAAGAAAGACGGUGGAUUAUGGAUCGACGAAUCGGAUUAUGUCGCGAUGGAUAUAUUGACUGAAUUGACAAUAAAGGGUAAACCGAAGUUGUCGGCGAUGCUGGAAGAAGAGAUCGAAUUGAAUCUGGGUAAUAUGAUUGUUGCCACCUGCGGUCCAGUAACUCUAAAUACGGUAAUAAGGAAUUUGGUCUCUAAGCAUAUCUCACCAUCGAAAAUUCGUAAAGGUGAUAAAUCAGGUCAAAUCGAUAUAUAUAGUGAGGACUAUGAAGCAUAG